AUGGAUUUUUUCAAGAGUUUUAAAACCAAGCGUGAUUCCAACGCUGAUAAUUACAAAAGAGGCACCGUUGACACUGAUAAAUCAUCAGCUACUAACAUUGAAUUUAACUAUGAGUCUAUUUGUCCAUAUGUUGAUCAUGGCCCGUUUUUAACCGAUGGAUUCCAUGAAAGUACCUUUGAAUUGAAAGAUUUCCUUAAAAAAUGGAAUAAACACUACUCUAAAGGACUAAAAGAUGAUGAAGAAUUAAUCAUAUCGCAAAUAAGCGGCAUUAACGGAAUGAAGAAGUUAUUAAGUUCUCUUCCACAUAUUACAGAUGCUGCAGUUCCGAAAAAAUCUAAAUGGUCCAAGCUAUCUAAUGUAGAACCUGCAAAGGAUAUUACCAUCAAUGAAUUGUAUUGGUGUACGGAUAUAGUCCUAUUCAGGUACCUUAGAAGCUAUGAUUACAAGGUAGAAAGUGCAUUCAAAAUGUUAUUAAAAACACUAACAUGGCGUAGAAUGAGAACUCCAUCGGAUAUUACACCUGAUACAGUCAAACCAAGUCUUGUUAAUGGAAUGCUCUACAGAAAGGGUUAUGAUUUUAGAGGUUCACCUCUUAUUUAUUUCAGACCGUAUAACGAAACUCCUGUUGAUCCAGAAAUUCAUAUUCUUGGGAUUUAUUACACAAUAGAGAGAGCCACUCAGACAAUUCGGUUAUCUGAGGGAAAUGAUAAAGUUUAUGCAAUUAUAGAUCUAAAGGAUUGGUCUUUGUCCAGAAUACCAUCCAUGGAAUUAUUGAUUGAAACUGUCCGGGCCUUAUCUGAUCAUUAUUCUGAUGUGUUGGAUGAAGUUAUUAUUGUAGACUCACCGAUGUUUAUAAAUACGGUGUUACAAAUGGUAAAAUGUGUUUUACAUCAAUCAACAUCGAACAAGAUUUUGUUGAAGCAGAGAGGGGACUCAUUGAAUCAGUAUCUAAGACAGAGAAUUCCACUGCCCUUCCUUGAAGAAACAUUAGGUGGUAACUGUCAUUUACGAUUCAACGCUGAUAUAUAUUGGGAUGUUGAGCAAUCGCAGUUUAAGGAAUAUCAAGAUAGACGCAAAAAAUGGAUCGAUUCUAACAGAGCUAGUUUUUUUGAGGGGAAAGAAACCCUAUAG